AUGCGUGCUACUUUGACUCAGAAUUACAGCAGUAUUCGAUCCAAGUCCAAGUUCUGUUCCGAACAAGAGAGUUUUCCCAAACGGAACAUUGAAACCCGCGUAUUCAACUUUCUUGCUCUUAGGAAUCAGUUGGUCUUCUUACCUACAUAUGUAGAAGCAACCCUGCUGGUUCCCCUAUAUGCACAUCCAAUUACCGACCAUCCGAGAGGUUGUCGACGUCAAACCGCAUUCCUAUGUAGGCAUGCAUAUCGUUCUUGGAACGAAAAUGCUUGCUUUUGCAAAAGGAAGACAAGAACUAAUUGCUGUCCCCAUAGACCUCGUUCAGGAGAUUCGUCAUUCAGCCUUUUGUGGCUCGCUCUCUUCAUUAGUCGUUCCGAUGCUCCUCGCUAUAAAUUGUGCAGGUUCCAAACAGCUUUGUUGCAGAUCACCCACGACCACUUCCUGCGUCGAUCAUCUCCACACUCAUCGCCCAGAUCCAACAUCAUCCCUGUAUCUGGGAUCACGAUCACGAAUUCUUCGGACGUCGAGAACAAAUCGAUUCGGCUUGGCGUUCGAUCGCUGAGCAAACUGACGUACAAGGUAAGCGGUCCUAGAUGA